GAGCGUAUUUUCUGUAAGUGGCAAGCUGAAAGAGUGUAGCUGCCAUGUUUUAUAAGUUGUGGGGUGUUUAGGGCAUAUAAGGGGUGCAACAUCAUCCCAAACUAUAUACAGUUCAAAUGGGAUGGUGACUACAUUCAAAUAAAAGGCAGCACUAUGAAAAAUAAAGCCAUGUAACAACUUAAUUAUUGCUCUUAAGAUUUUUCAUCAAUUUUAUUUUACGUUUUAUAUGCAAUAAAUUUCACCUGUCAUAUUUCAUUAAAAAUAAAUUCAUUCAAAUACUCUCAAAUGGACCAUUAAAUAAAACAACUACAAAAUAAAAAAAAGUAUUUUACGACACAAAAAAAAUUAAUGGCUCAAACUUUUAUUACGACUGACAUUGCAUCAAUGUGGAAUAAUUAUAAUAAUGGCUUGUAAACACUUUCAAACGAACAUGUUUUGCUGCGAUCAUGAAUAAUUUGUCUAUUUUCAUCAUUUUGAAACAUACUCGGAUACAAGAUUUUAUUUUUUGCAUAGCAUCUUAAUGAAGAUAUUUUAAAUAUCAGCAAACAGGUGCGGGGCAUAGCAUGAAGUAUCCACAGUUGGUUUCCAUGCCAUCGGUAGUUUCUGAUUGGCUGGAGGAACAACUGGAAGCACGUGGUAUUGAUGCUGUAGUCUACACUCGUUAUGUUUUGAGUCUACUUCAUCGUGAUCCCCAAGACCUUACUUCUUCUGAUCUUGACCUUUUUGGUAUUGAACAAACCAAGGGCGUGGGACGGAGUGGAACAGGUCCUCGGGGGCGGAAGCGUGCACGUGAAAGGAAUGGACAUGCAUUGCCCCCAGACCAACUACGGCGUUCAGCUGCCGUUCAGUGUCUAAUGUCGGCCUCUGAACAGCAAUGCGGAAUUGAAUCUCUUGUUGACGAAUUAUGUAUCAAAUUACGACAAAUUGAAAAUAAAACGGACGACGAAUUAGAAACAUCCCAAAAAACUGAAAUUACAAAAGUAGCUAACGAAAAUAAUAAAAUAUCACCAAACGAUCUUGCACGUCGAUAUUAUGCUGCAUUCCCAGCAUUAAAUGGCAAAACAAAUAACGACGAACGUCUAACAAUCAUUCCCAAUAAAGGUGGUUUAUCGUGGAAUCAUUUGGCAAAAAAAUUAACUGGUAGCGGUGACAACGACAAGAAAAAAAAUCAUCCAGACAACAAAAUCAAAACAAAUUGUAUAUCUUGGAAUACUAUGCCGUCAAAAUCAAUAGAUAAUAAAUGUUUUGCAUAUUUUAAUCACAGCAAAAAGGAACCGGUUACUAAAUUGGGAUUGAACUGUUCAACACGAAUCAUGGCAAAAUCAGCUGAACGUUGCGAAGGCAACAGUAUCAGUUUUUGGGAUGAACAAGUACAUUGGCACAAUCAACAAAAUCGAUUUAAUAAUGCAGAUGAAGGUUAUUCUACAUCGGAUACAACUGGUCUUUUCGAUGAUGAAUUACAACCAUCUGUUCCUAGAUGCGAUUCAAUUGACAAUAAUCAAAAUAUUGAUGAUUUGGAUAAACUUGUUGCGAAAUUUGAUCGAAGUAUUGAGGCAUUAUGGAGUCCCGAAACGAACAACGAAAACGAAGAUUUACCUUCACAAGAAGAUGAUUUCCAGGAUGUACCAGUAGAUUUACAAGAAUUAUUAGCUUCUCCUUCUGAUAUCAAAUCACCUAAUUCUGAUAUAUUAACAAUGUUUAAAAAGGAUUCUUCAUUUGUUAUUCAAAAACCACGUACUUUCUUACAAUGUGGAACAAAUAUUAUAAGUUCAAUUUGGUCACAGCAAGAAAAUAUUGAUAAAUCACAUUUAUUGGAACAAACUUUCAAUAAUCAUCCACACAAAAACGAUCAAGUUAAAACUGAAGAAAUUGUGGUGAACUCUUUUUGGAAUGACGAGAAUAUUAAUAUUUUGGAACAAAAUAAAGCAAAUACUUUUAUUGAAAACUUGACAUUCUUAAAUUCAAACAAUCACUUAUUUAACAAUAACAAUGAUGGUGCUGAUUAUUCUCAAAAAUUAUUUACAUUUGGCUGGGAGUAUGGCUAUCCUGAAAUCAAUCAAAACAAGUGGUCAUCAGAGGCUGGUGGUGAUAUGUUAAAAACAACUCCAACUUUUGAUUCCAAGAAAAAUGAUAUUGAUAUAAAGGAGUUGAAUAUAAGUUUUACAAAAUUAAAUCAUAAUAAAGAAAAUAGCGUAUUCACUGAAGUGAAACCAAAAGAGACGAAAUCAACGCGCGCAAAUGAUUCAAACAGCGCUUUAUUACGACCGCAUACGAAUCAUGCAACUGAUACGGAUACUGUAGAAGAUGAUUUACUUACAUCAAGACGUACACAUUUUUGUCCAAUUCGACUUGAUUGUGGAAAUAAAAGUUACCCUUCGACUAAUUUGCUUCCAGAUGGCUCAACUUUUGAUAUACAUGGUAGUCCGGAUAAAGUAUUGUUUCGACGCACUGACAGUGGUACUAUGUUCUUAGAAUCGGAUUAUGAAUCACCAAAAGAGUAUAUGGAAUUCAAAGGUACUUGUUCGUCGUUAACAUCAUUGGACAGUGAGAGUAGUGACGAUGAAUUAGGUUUUGUCACAAAUGAUGCAUCAAAUUUUGUAUUAAAGUUUCGUGUACGUCAAAAUGAGAAAUAUUGUCAAACCGAUGAAAAUGAAUCGCCGUCAGAAAGUCCACAUGAUGUUGUGCCAGCAAAACGUCGAAUAUGUGACACAAAUGAAUUAUUUUUCCCAGGCGAUGAAGAACUUGCCGAUGAAAUUGAUUGCACAUGUUUAGAAAAUCAAUCGUUAUUUACGAAAUGUAAAACACAUACUUUAUCGGAAUGUGAACAAUGUGGGGAUUCUGGUUGGCCUACAGAUUUACCUGGUCAGUUUGUUGUACCAUCCGGUUUAUGGAAUAAUGAACGCAUAUGGAGUUCACGUGAAAAACUUUGUUCGAGUUGUGGAUUUUUAAAUAAUGAUAACAAAGCACCAGCACCACCACGAGGUUUACGCGAUGAAGUACGGCAAGAAGGUGAACAAUUAUUAUCUGAUAUUAGCUCAAUUCAACGAUUAUGUUGGUUUGAUCUCGGUACAAACUUUAUUACCGAAGAACGGUCAGCAAGCAGUCGUGAGGAACGUAAACGACGACAUUCAGCAAGUCUACGUCCUCACACGUUAGCCUGGCAUCCGAUACCCUCACAUUUAAAAGCCUUACGAUCACUUACUUUUUAAUAAUCAGGUAACAGAUGGAAUCAAGCUAUUGCUUUCUUUUUUUUAAAUUUUGUUUUUUAAUU